CAGUGUUAAUACGGGAACUCUGAAUGUGCCCAGCCGGGCGGAGGCCGCUGCCUACGGCCAACAUUGCUUUGAGCUCCUCGGCGCCUUCGGCUAGUUCCACAUUGCGUCGCCAUCGACGCGAAACGCCAGCGCUGGCAGAGAGCCGGCGUGCCAAUAGCAAUGCCAGCAGCAGCAGCAGCAACGGCAGCAGCGGCAGCAGCAGCGGCAACAACAGCGAGAGCAGCACCGUUGCCACAGGUGGGAAAACACCGGCGACCGCCUGAUCCUGGUCCA